CUCAAAUUUUAAAUGCGAGUUAAGUUUAAGGAUUGAGAACCGAGAAGAAGCUAUCAAAUCUUUCAACAAUAUUUUAGUUUGUCAAGGAAUGACGUAAACUUACGCUGAUGAGUUUUCAUAUUUAUUCAACUUUGCUGAUGCAUUUAGUGAAUCCUAAUGACCACUCUGCGUAGAAGAACAAAUUCAGAGAGGAACGCAGAUUUUUCAUCUGUAUUACUUGAUCAAAGACAGCAUCCUACUUACGAAGUGCUUACUAGUCCCGGUGCAGAUACUGUGCUGAAAAUGACUUGCAGAAAUCGAACAGCUGAAUUUAUGUCUGUCGUUAAACUUAAAGAAAGCAAAAGAGACAGACUGAAAGAAAAUGGUUUCAUGACAAAAGGUAAAAAUGACAGAGAAAAGGGAAUUGGUGAUUUUCACAAUUUUAUGCAAAUUGCCAAGGAAAUUGGCAAAGACAUCAGCAGUACAUUUAUGAAAGUUGAGAAGUUAACUUUAUUGGCAAAGAAACGCUCACUUUUUGAGGAUAAACCUGCUGAUAUUGAAGAACUCACAUACAUAAUCAAACAGGAUAUAGCCAGUUUAAAUAAACAAAUUGCUCAACUUGAAGAAAUGUCCAAAGCAAGAAACCAAAAUCAUGGGAAACAUAUGCGGUCACAUUCAAAGUCUGUUGUUCUGUCUCUGCAAACAAAAUUAGCUAAAAUGUACACAGAUUUCAAAGAUGUAUUGGAAAUAAGGACUUCCAAUUUGAAGCAUGAAAAGAGCAGAAGAGAACAUUUCACGCAGUCUGUUGCUCUUCCUGCCGCAGCUGGAGGAAUGAACAGUGUUUUUAUUCCUCACGGGGAUGGUGAAUCGAGCAGUGAAGUUACUAUUAACAUGGAUGUCAGUCGAAUUCACAACAGACAAGAACAAAUGCAACUUAUUGAUGAACAGGACGCCUAUAUCCAAAGCCGUGCUGAUGCCAUGCAAAAUAUCGAAGAAACAAUUGUGGAACUUGGUACUAUUUUCUCCAAUUUAGCUCACAUGGUAAAAGAGCAAGAGGAAGUUCUUCAACGAAUUGACUACAAUGUUGAAGAUGCACAGCUAAAUGUUGAAGCUGCACACUCUGAAAUCCUAAAAUAUUUUCAGUCAGUCAGUUCGAAUAGAUCACUAAUGAUAAAAAUAUUUGCUGUUUUAAUAGUAUUUUUUGUGAUAUUUGUUGUAUUUUUAGCCUAAAGAAAAUUAUAUCGUAGAAAAGACUAUUGUAAGAAUUUUAUUUUACCAUUUAUGUAAAAAUCAUGUAAAUCAGGAUUCAAAAUUGUAAAAUUUUGAUAACUACUUGAGUUAUUUUUUUACUGCAUAUCAUAUAUGCUGAACAACUUGUUGUAAUUUUAAGAUGUUUAUAUGUAUAAACAGUUUUAUGAAAAUGUAUUUACCCUUUGAUCUGUAUUUAAAAAUAUUAGUUAAUAAACAAAAUCAGUUUACUUGAUUUGUACUUUUUUUAAAAAAAGAUUGAGAACUUUCUGUCCCCCCUCCCUAUAAAAUUAUAUUCAUAAAUAUGUAUAUAUCACUGUCAAAUAUAUACCAUUCUGUGAUCAAUAAAUAAAAAUUUUAGUAAGGCCUUAAUUUUUCUUUACUAAUACUGUCGGCUCCGCUUAAUCGAAUAUCGUCGGUUUCAAGAAAUAUUAUUCGAUAAAGCGGGGUAUUUGAUUAAACGGGGAAAUUUUGAAUACCUUUCUAAAUUGACAACAUUUGUCUU